GGGGCUGGGGGGGGGGGGGGGGGGGUCGUUUUCCCUUUCCCCAAAGGUGGGAGAAGGAGUCGGAGCGGGGUACAGCCGUGAAUGACUACGACUCGUAAACGCAGCUGUGUUUCUAGCCGGGAAACGAAUCCUUUCGCUGCUCCCGAAUCCCUUCGACUGUCGUUCCCACCAGAUGGCUGCAGGGAUGCCGCCGUCCAGCGCGGUGCCGGCUGACUCGGGAAACGUCAAAGCGGCCAAACCCUGAAGAAGACAUCAGGAAAAAUCUAGCAGAAAAUCAACUUCACGUGUGUGUGUGUGGCGGAGUGCCAGGGAGGGGAGAUGAUAACCUUUCCUCUUUUUGAUGGAAAUGGUUUUACUUCCAUGGCUAGGUGUCACUCUUGGUAGCCGGCUGGUAGCUCAGGAUUCUGUCCUGGGAUCCAGGGGGCUUAUGUGGGCCGUGGUACUCCAUCUCUUGUUUCGGCAGAUGUUUUUUAACACAGUCAUCGGCCUGGAAAAAAUGGGAGCAACCUAAACUGGUUGUUAUUUCACCUUAGAUUGCGAUGGAGAGUGUGUUUCCCAAGGGGCUGUGAGAGGGCAGGCAGGCAGAUUGCCAUUUUGAUGGGCUUUGGAUAGGCAGGCGAUGGUCACCAGCUCAGCUGUCUCCCGAUCCACGCUUAACGCCCAUGGCUGCACUGUUUGAAGAAAGGGGGGAGAAAGCAGGUCUUCGUUCAUCUGGUUCCAGCCAUGUUGUCCAGGUGGCACCAAGCCAGGGGCUGAGACGGAAGCGGAGAAGGUGACACCGGGUGAAAACCACCUCGGAGGUCUGUUGUUGCCCUUCCCUUAUGCUGGGUCUUGUCCGAAACUCAGGGGACUCCUCUAGGCAAGAAACUGCUGCCUCCUUUGGGGCUUUCACUGCCUCCUGGGCUGCUCUAGGUUGAAAUCUCUCGUGUUCUGUUCAUACUUUGCAGCUACACGUCUGCUUCAUGGAUGAGAAAGUGGCCAACAGUAGGCCUGCAGUAAGAGGGUCUGGUUACAGGGCUUGUAGGUUAAGUGUGGAAGCCUUGACUGUAAAAUGAAGCUGUUGGCCAUUAAUUGUUUAUGCUGGUGGGCCAUGUAGGGCCUACAACGUGCUGACAGUCUGAGCCAGGUUUCAGACCGGGGAUGCCUAGAUAAUUUAUGUAUACAAAACCCAGGCUGACUGUAGACAUGUCAUCACUAAAUGAGCUGGGGGUUUGCUGCCAAGUGUUAUUUUAAGACAGGUUUGGAUGUACUUAUGUAUGUGUGUGUGUGCAUUGCUGUGUAUAGAUACAUGUGUGUGUAUGUGUGUCUGUUUCUGAAUGUGUAUGUAUAUAGACACAAAAUUUUUUAGAGGUGUCUUCGUAAGAGUGUUUCUAACUACAGGCUUCUGCAUGUUAAGAUUUUGGCCAAUUUGGAAAGUUUAUAGGCAGAGUAAGCUGAAAGGUGUAAAAAGAGCAAAAAACUGGGGAUCUCCUAGUCCCAUUCUUGUGGUUAGUUUGCUAUGCGCUGUGCUUAUUUUCUUCAGAAAAUAAGCGUGAAUGUCGUACUGGAUCGUCCUGUGAGUCUGACAGUGACGUUUCAGUUUCUAGGUAAGACUGGGUGGAAGUUCCUGUAAACGGGAAAGCAGAGGGUCAGUCCUUACGGUUGAGCGUGUGCAAAUCAGAUAACAACCGGCCUUGAAAAUGCCACACCGUCACUUGUACCAGUCUUCCCGCCUGUAACGGUUUAUUAGGAAGCACGCAGUUGCUGAUCCCGAAUAAACACGUAACGUAACGCACGGCUCUGAGCAGGGUUUUGAUUCAGCGCGUCCCGCUUGGAGGAGGCGGUGGUGGCACGGGGUCACGGCGGGGAUGGUGGCGGGAGGAACCCGGAGUUCUCUUCUUCUGUUAUCAGGCCAGCCCCAGCACGUCCCUGCUCCUUAUCAGCACUGGCAGAGCUGGGUCCUGCCGUGCUGAGCCUCCAUACAUCCUGCCCCUGGUGCUAUAGGGGCCAGCCCUGCUGCCUCUGGUUUGCACGUAAAGAGGGGCUGCGAGGCAUGACGUUAGAUAUGUGGACAAGGCAGGACAGCUGCCAUAGGCACAGCGAAGAGAGGCGAUGCUGGACCUCAUCAUUCUCAGCCUCCAUUUCUUCGUCUGCUUUCUCAUCUCCGUUGCGAUCUGGCGCGGACCUAAGGAUGUGGAUUUGUGCAGCUCAAGCACAGGAACAGUUGAGAUGGAGCCAGAUGGUCUUAUAUUGAUUGGCAAAGAAGAUGACAUAAAGAAGUCCCGAAGAGUGACAGCCAAAGUCAAUGGCAGAGAAGUUGUUGUUUUCUACCAUGAAGGGAAAUUUCAUGCUAUGGACUCUCGCUGCUACCAUGAAGGAGGCCCUUUACGUCUUGGAGAAAUAGAGGAUAUCAAUGGUCAAGCAUGUAUUGUUUGUCCUUGGCAUAAGUAUAAAAUUACUUUGGAAACAGGAGAAGGAUUAUAUGAAGGAAUAAACCCUUUGGAGCCAUCACCAACACCACAGUGGCAAUCAAAAGGAGUCAAACAAAGGAUUCAUAAAGUCACAAUAGACAAUGGAAACGUUUAUGUGAGUCCUCCAGAUUUGUCUGUAAGCUUUGACUCAGAUUAUUUUGCUGACAAGUACAAAAAUAGUGGUGAUUUAGCUAUGGAAAAACAAAGCAACUCACAAGCAGCAGAGUAAGUCACAGCCAGAAAGCAGAAUUCUGGUGAAUGCCCUAACGAAGAACAAUUGUCGUGAAAUAAAAAUGUACUAUGGCUGUGAAGAUUGUCUACAGAUUAAAUUCUAUUCUUAAUGUUAUGUGAAAGCAUUGAAACACGUAGAAUUCAGUAAGAUAAGAAGCUCUGCGUUGUUAGAAAUGCAACUGAUCUUGUGCCAAUGAUUUUUUUUUUAACUUGCAUUUCAAAAAGACUUGUUUACAGCAGAGUGCUUCAUAAUAUUUGAUAUUUUAGAAAUCCUGUUUUGCUAGAAUUGUUUUACUUUUUAGGAGGGAGUGUAGUAUGUUACUGCUUAUAAAACACAUUACACAGUUUAAGGUAAAUAGUCAGGUGUAAAGGUUAUGUUUAUAUACUUAACAGUUUAUACUUAUAAUGCCUUCGGUAUAAAUGACAUGGAAAUUUUUAACUCUGUAGAUACGUGAGCAAUCUCUGGAUGUUUAGUAAGUGCCACAAAGUACAAAACUUGAGCACAUUUUAGUGACCUUUUUUAUGCCUAUUUGUGUAUUACUACCAUGAGUCCAUAGAAGUACUGAUUUUCCUUCUCCUCAAUGAACUCCUUUUGGUAGUUCAUCAAAUAAUGUGACGAGUAUUUGUCAUGUAUAGCUUGUUCUCCUGAUUCUGUUGGACAAGGAAGAAGCUGUUGGGUAUAAAAACCUGAUACGUAAUGUAGCGGCUCUUGUUUGUUUGUUUUUAUUUAUUGUCAAUACAUCCUUAUACAUUCAUUUGAAAAAGUGUGCUUUCUAUUUAGAGCCAAAAGUUAGGUUUCUCUAUGUGCGUUCACAGUAUAAUAUCAGAUCUGCCCCAAUAACCCCUCCGAGAAAGUUUCCCUCCAUGCUGUGCUGGGUGAGGGCAGGAUGGGCUCUGGGACACGGUGGGUCCUUCUGCCCAGCCCAUAGGGUCCAGGCUGCAAAGAUACUGUGUGAAUGCUUAACAUUGCCUUGCACGGCUGCAGCUGCAUGGCUGCAACUCUUUGGGGUGCAUUUUUGGGUGAUUUGUUGGCUGUUUGCAAAGUUUGGUCACGAUCAGGUUCAGUUUGAAGUUGCCUGGUCUUCAUCUGCAAGUUUCUCUUGUGCAUGCGGUGAGUUGUCUUGCUCUUAAUGGAUGUGAAGGGUAAGUAGGUCUGUGUCAACAUCAUUGUUCAUAUAAAUGUAUUUAAAAGUAGUGAGGCAUAGGGAAGUAUCAGAGGAAAACAUCUGUGCCCAGCUGAUCACAAUGAAAAAAGCAAAGCGCACAAUCAGUUAAUUUCACCGUAUUUAAAUUUAGAUCUCCACCUCUGAUCAUGCCUCCUUACAUUGUUUUCAUGGUUGACAGGGAGACGUGGCACCUUCACAGUGCCGUUGAGAUGACCUGUUUCAGUUUUCUAUUUUAUAAGGACUACAGCACAGAAAUGCUUUCUUCCUCCUCCUCCUCCUCCUCUUCCUCUCGCUGGCCACUUAGCCAGCCAGUGCCGAUGAGAUGAGAUGCAAAUGCCUGCCUUCCGAAUCACGUCUCGAUCGUCUGCCAGGAAAUGCUGUUACGUACUGACCAGUUCUGUGGGGUUUUUUUUGUUUGUGUGUUUUCUUCGUUUUUUAAAGGAAUACAUAACCUUCUCUUCCUCACUCCUCUUGCAGCCACAGGGUAGAUGUCGGGAAGGUGAGGCAGGUGGGGAGGUGACACAGCUGAUACUCCGAGGCGCCUGGAGCACGCAUCCCUUCGGGCAGCGCAGGGGGGGUUGGAGAGUUGCUUCGCUUCCCUCCCUCCUCACCCAAAUACCUGCAUCCGCGACGGAACUUAACCAUGGAUGUCUUGUCCUACUGAAAGACAUGGAUCAUAUGAAAAAAAAAGCAUUAUAAGAUCUUCAGAUAUAUGUGCAUUGACUCAUGUGGUUGCUUAGAUAGUAUUUUUAUUGCUUUUUUUUUUAAUGUACUGCAUUAAUAGAAAUGGACUAUUUAAAUAAAUAAAGAUGCAGUUCAGUUUAAGAAAGUACCAUUUAUGAGUAAUAGGCUGUUACAUGUAUGACAUUUAGUAGAAUGUUAGUAAUAGGAGGUUUUGCUUGAAAGUUUCAUGAACAUGUUCAUAUUUGUGGAAGAGUGGUCAGGCUUUUGUAAAACUGCAUUUUCUGGGUAAAGUCCAGCAAAGUGUUUAAUCAUAUGUUUGCUGUUAAUCAUAUGAAAUCAGUAGAACUGCAUGUCUAGGCUUAGAUAAGUCCCUUUUCUUCGGUACUUCUCAAGCAUAAUAACUAUCUGCAAGCUUUUAA